GCUUCGGCUGCGCUCCGCACCGGGCCGGGCCGGGCCGGUGGCGACCGCCCCGCCAUGGGGACGCCGGGCGCUGGGCGUAAGCGGCUGCCGAACCGGGAGCGCCUGACGGCGGAGGACGAUGCGCUCAACCAGAUCGCCCGCGAGGCUGAAGCGAGACUCGCGGCCAAGCGAGCGGCGCGGGCGGAGGCGCGGGAGAUCCGGAUGAAAGAGCUGGAGAGGCAGCAGAAGGAGAUCUAUCAGGUCCAGAAGAAAUAUUAUGGGCUGGAUACUAAGUGGGGAGACAUCGAGCAGUGGAUGGAAGACAGUGAGCGUUAUUCCCGUAGAGCCCGAAGAAAUGCCUCGGCUUCGGAUGAAGAUGAGCGCAUGUCAGUGGGUAGCCGUGGAAGCCUGAGGUCUCAUUUGGAAUAUGCCAGCACCUACCCAGUGGCUGGAUUAGAGAGUGAGAGGACCAAAAAGAAGAACUACUCCAAAGCAACCAAUGGUUAUGAGGAAGACGUGUAUGGAUCAUCCCAGAGUAGAAAAUCUAGCAGGCCCUCCCUGCUGUACAGCGAUGCCCUGCCAGCCAGGAGUUACAGGGCGUCAGUGUACGAGGACAGCGUGUACAGCGGGAGCCGGCGCUAUAGUGCCCCCAGUUCCCGUGCUCCUUCUGAGUACAGCUGCUACCUUGGUUCGGGAUCUCGGGCAUCCUCCAGAGCCAGCUCUGCUCGGGCCAGUCCAGUGAUUGAGGAAAGGCCAGAAAAAGACUUUGAGAAGGGAGCACGGACUGUCUCAAGUCUGUCAGCAGCUACCUUGGCUUCUCUGGGCGGGACUUCUUCACGGAGAGGCAGUGGGGACACGUCCAUCUCAGCUGACACAGAGGCAUCCAUCAGGGAAAUCAAGGACUCUCUAGCUGAAGUUGAGGAGAAAUACAAGAAGGCUAUGGUGUCAAAUGCUCAGCUGGACAAUGAGAAAACCAAUUUCAUGUACCAAGUGGACACCCUGAAGGAUGCACUCUUAGAGUUAGAGGAACAGCUGGCAGAAUCCAGGAGGCAAUAUGAAGAGAAAAGUAAAGAAUUUGAGAGGGAGAAGCAUGCUCAUAGCAUAUUGCAGUUUCAGUUCAUGGAAAUCAAAGAGGCUUUGAAGCAGAGAGAAGAAAUGCUUGCAGAAAUCCAACAGCUGCAGCAGAAACAGCAGAGCUAUGUCAGGGAAAUUUCCGAUCUUCAGGAGACAAUAGAGUGGAAAGACAAAAAAAUAGGGGCACUAGAGAGGCAGAAAGAUUUCUUUGAUUCCAUAAGGAGUGAGCGGGAUAUCCUUAGAGACGAAGUGCUUGUGCUGAAGGAGCAACUGAAGAAACAUGGAAUAAUCCCAGACUCUGAUGUAGCCACCAACGGGGAGACAUCAGACAUGCUGGAUAAUGAAGGACACUUGGAUUCCUCCCGAGCUGUCCCAGGCAGCACUCAGGCAUUAAAGACAGGAGGGGAGGGGAUGCUAGGCAAAGCCAAUGAAGUGGAGAUGAAAAAUGAGAUUAUGGAGGAUGUGGGGAAAAGAGAAAUCUUGCAGAAUACUGAGCGUGAGGAGCGCAAAGAGGAGUCUGAGGAGGAGGAAGUACAGACGUUGCAUGCUGCUGAAAAUGCAAAGGCAGAACCAAUGGUUGAAGAACAGGACGCCCUGCCAACGGUGAUGCCACCACAGAGUAGGUUUGCAGAGCAAGCCCAAAGCCCCACAGAACCUGUGUCAGGGAGCACUUCUUCAAACAGUGACAGUGACACAGAUGGCUUGAGAAAGCUCACAGAGUCCAGGGGCACAGCAGCCCAGCAGCCUGAGAGUACAGAGGCUGAGCACCAUGACUUGAGUGCAAAGACAGAUGAGAACUUGGAGCUGGGCUCUCUGCAAGGCCACCAGGUUUCUGAGACUCCUCAGGAAAUGUUUUGUGAUUCAGGUACAGAGCAGGAACUGGGAGAAGCUGCACCCAACCAGGAAGAGCAAGAGGAUCUUAAAACCAGCCAUGCCCUGAGUGAUAAUGAAUUGGAUGAAGGAUGUGACAGUACCAGUGAGAGCAGUGACUUGGUUUCUAACCAGGCAGGGCUACCUGAGGGAGCAGUGGCAGGCUUGCUUAGGGAAGAGGGAAAUGUGGAGAGUUCCACUCCAGAAGAACCCCAGCACUCAGAAGAAAGUGCUGAAGAUGAGGUUGCAAAUGUCUUGGAGGAAAGGUUUGUUGACUGCACUGAUGGAAGAAGUGAUAAAACAGCAGGUGACAGAGAUGAUGAAGAAGAUGAGAUCGGGAACACAGUUCAGGGUCAGCUGAGGGCAACUGAGUCUGUAGGUUUGAAGGGGACAGAGCCAUGUGAAAGGGAUGUCCCAGCAGAGCCACUUGAAAAGGAAGGUGGAGAACAUCAGGCAUUUGUCCCACCAGCUUCUUCAGGGGACAGUCCUUCCACAUUCCCAGAGGAACCAAGGACACAAGGUAAAACUGCAGAUGAAACUGCUACAGCUGAGAAGGAUGGGCAAAAGGAAGAAUUGAUGGAAGAGCUGGAGAAGUGUUCAGGUUCUGCUGAGACAGGCGAGCAAGGUGCAGCACCUGUGGAGGAGGCUGGAGGCUGCGUUCCCCAGGGAAAGGGAAGUGAGCUGCAGCAGGCACAGCCAGGAACAGAGCUUGGCAGAGAGGUGACUCAGGAAACCUCUUCAGACCCCAGUCUUUUAGAUGGUGAAAUGAAGGAGUCAGAAUUGCAAACAGGGGACGAGGCUGGGGAAGGACAGGAAAGUAGAACAGAACGGGUAGAAGAUUUGAAUCCAAAGGCAGAGAUUCAAACAAGUCAGUGUAGUGAAGAAAAAGCAGGUGGUGCAGAAGGAGAGAAAAAUGUUCCUUUAGAGGGUGAAGUGCAUAAGGUGGUUGAACAAGUAGACGGUGAAUCUAAAGAGGAGUCAAGUGUAGGUGUUACUGUAACUACUGAAAACAAAGCCAGUCCAGAAACACUGAAAGAAAAUGAGCAAGAGCUAGAGCUCGCAGACCAGCCUGGUGGGCAGUUUGCUUCUGAGGAAGGUGCAAAUAAUGCCCUGGUACAGAAAUUUGUGCAGGAUGACAAGAUUAGUGAGCAAGUUACACUGGAGAAAGGUGCAAAUAAUGCCCUGGAACAGAAACCUGUGCAGGAUGACAACAUUAGUGCACAAGUGAAGUUGGAGGAAGAUGCAAAUAAUUCCCUGGCACAGAAAUCUGUUCAGGAUGACAUUAGUGAACAAGUAAAGUUGGAGGAAGAUGUAAAUAAUUCCCUGGCACAGAAACCUGUGCAAGAUGACAACAUUAGUGAGCAAGUUAAACUGGAGGAAGAUGCAAAUAAUUCCCUGGCACAGAAACCUGUGCAGAAUGACAAUAUUAGUGAGCAAGUGAAGUUGGAGGAAGAUGUAAAUAAUUCCCUGGCACAGAAAUCUGUGCAGGAUGACAACAUUAGUGCACAAGUGAAGUUGGAAGAAGAUGUAAAUAAUUCCCUGGCACAGAAACCUGUGCAGAAUGACAAUAUUAGUGAGCAAGUUACACUGGAGAAAGAUGCAAAUAAUGCCCUGACACAGAAGCCUGUGCAGGAUGACAUUAGUAAACAAGUGAAGUUGGAGGAAGAUGUAAAUAAUUCCCUGGCACAGAAACCUGUGCAAGAUAACAUUAGUGAACAAGUGAAGUUUGAGGACCUAUCAGAGGAAAGCCUAGAAGAUGAUGGGGAUGCAUUUGAUUUUGAUGAAGAGUCAAAUCAAAUACUAGAAUCUGAUGAAAAAUGUGAUGGAGAGAAAGCUGAUACACAGGGAGAAGAGGGUGAUAGAGCAAAUGGUGCUGUUGGAAGAACUGGCCACUUGGAGAAGGCUGGAGAGGGACCAGACAAAAUGGAAACCAAAGAUGCCUUGACCAAAGGUGAAGUCCUGCAGCAUAAAAAAGAUGAGCCUGAAGAAACACAGUGCUUGCAAGGGGAAGCAUCAGGGAAAACUGAUGAGGAGGCUGAUGUGAACGAAGAAGAAAUCAAAGUAUCAGAUUCUAGUAAAGUAGGAAAAUUACAGAAUCAAGAUGUUUUGGAACAGGAUUUGGAAAGUGCUUUCAUUAAGAGGGCUGAAAGCAGAGAGGAGUUGCAGGCUGGUAGAAGGAGUAAGGGUAGAUCCAGAGAUGACUGUACAAUCUCCUGAGUUCAGAAUUCCAUGCCCUGUGACCAGUCCCAGGACACAAGUAUGCACUUUGCACAAGACAUCAAACCUUGCAAUACUCUUAGAGCUUUGUAUUUGUAGGUAACUCAGCAUAAAGCAUGGAUGUGGUAAUGAUGCAGGUAUUAAGUUAUUCACUGUCGUACCCAGCCUCAAGAAAUUGUGACUGGGCUUGGUUUUGCUGUGUCUCAGAUUGAAAGCUUUUCACCUAAUGAGGAAGCCUCACAAGUUGACUGUUCAAACUGUAAUGCAAUUGAAGUACUGCUAGUGUGGAUAGCUGCUCCUGGGGAAUUUCUAUAGGAUUUUUUUAUUCUAGCCUAGUUGAUCAAUAUCAUGAAUGUAUAUGGGGCCUUUGUGAACUUAUGCACAUUAUGCUUACUUGUGCUUAGAUCUAGCAAGUACAUUUACUCUUCAUGAAGGAACUCAGCAGAUCAGCCACGCUGAUGGUGAAACUUCUUUCAGAAUAAUUAAAGCCUACGAACCAAUCUCUUCUUUUUUUUUCAUAUGAAGAAAAAAGAUCUUUUCAUUCCACUUUGUGUGUAUUUCUUAUAUGGUCAUAUUCCAAAAUCUGGUUAGAUCACUGUGAAUCUGCUUAGUCUGAACACCUUGGAAGAGCAAUACAUAAUUUGGAGAAAGUGCAGCAUACAGGUCUCUUCCUUUCCUUGCUGAAAGGAAUAAAUAUAUCCUUGUUUACUUCAUCUAGGCACUUUGCACCACAAUAAGCCUUUUACACCAUGUCUCACAUGGAGUUCUUAUUUUUUCCAGAGAAAGUGUCAAUACACACUGUAAUGUGUGCUUAGGUUUGCUAUCAAGUACUGUCUAGAUAUGAAUAUAUAAAAUAUCUAUUUUUCCAAGAAGAUUUUUGUUUAAAAUUGCAUUUGCUUACUGCAUUAUAUUUUUUUUUGCAAACUCUGAUUCUGAAAGAAUGUUUUUAUCUCUGAAACAAAUCUUAUCUUUUUUCUUCUGGAAAGAAGAUAACUUUGCAUGUCUUAAUUCUUGCUGGAUAUCAGACCAAAGAGACUGUUGUUUUGUGUACUAGCCCCCCUGUGCCUUUUGGAAAAGCUGGAUUGCUUUGAAUUGCUGGCAUAAAUUAGGCUCUUGGACUCCCUUGCUGUAUUUCCUUUUGCAUCUCUGCUAGGGCUUGGGAGGAAGAGCAUGUUUUGCAUAUAUAAAUAUUCAUUUAAAGUCUUCAGCCAUGAAUGUCCCAAGGAAAUGCAGAUCGAGGGGGGUGUGGGCUAUGGAAGCCUGUAUUUGUGUUGAUGUUACAAAGUUGUCAGAGCACACACAGACUGCAAAAUUUGAAGAUGUAUAUCAAAAUGUACUGCUGUAUAUAAUUUAAAUAAACCUAUUUUAUACUUUAAAGUACCUGUCCAGAGCACUGUUUCUAAACCUGCAUAAGAAGUUAUUUAAAUCUGUAUAAUUUCAACACCAUUUUUCUGCAGCUUUUGUUCAAUUUAUUGCCUUGUGCUACGUAGCUACAAGAGCCAUCUCCCUAGGACUGGGCAGCCUCGGGGUUUGAGCACCUUGAAUAUGUGAUGGCACCUUAACUGUAGAGCUCUAACAGGUCUGUAACCUGUAACUCCUUUCAUGUGGCUUCUCUCCAACUUACAGCACAUCCACCAUGGUUUCUGUAAGUACUGGCAGUUGUUCCUAAGGGUUUACACUACAUGCUAAACCAGUAAGUCAUAGAUCUUACAAGCAUUUCUUAUUAGCAUGUAGCAGUGUUUGUUUAAAGAUUUGGCUCUGCUGUACUCUCAACAGUAAUGUAUGGUUUAAUGUUGGAAGUGGGUUUUAAUUGUUAAAUAGACUUAAACAGAUCAUUAAAUAUUCUUACCAGGCUUCUCCUGUACUGUGGAUGGAUCUAUCAGAGUUAAAUUAGGCAAUAUGCCAUUAUAUCCUGUAUUUCUUAUGAGUUCAUUUCUUUUUAACUAGUUUUUGCACUUCAGAAAACACAGCAUCUUUAAGGGAAUUCCUUUUUAAAGCCAAGUCACAGGAGCAGAAACACCUCCAAUCUUCCCUGUGCAGCUAAGAUGGGAGGUGUGCCAUGUCCAUGUCCCAGCUUUGAUCCUACUCCCAGUGUACCUGGGAGCAGGAAUGUGGAGGGGCAGUGCAGAGUAGCCGGUGUGCCAGAAAUCCAUCCUGGGAUGUUGGAAACGAGUAUGGGACCCAAGGGUGAAACUUGUCUUCCAGAAUAACCCCAAAUGCUUGCUGGGUUUUCUUGUCAUCACCUAGUGGCACAUAAAUGCUGUAGCCCAGGUUUGUACAUAUCAGAGCUAGCCUGAAAUGCUUUCAAAAGCAGUAUCUCAAGAAACUUUCUUGAUAAAAAAGGGGAAUAAAAAGGUCUUGGUCAAUAUCUUCUUCACUAUAGAGAAGAACUGUCCUCCUGUCCCCCUCAAAAUCAGUACUGCAAGUGGGUAUCUUUCACAUCCUGUGCUGCCCCUGGCAGUGCCCCUCUACUGAGAAAGACAGGAAAGCAUUUUCUCAUCAUCCAAAAUAAAUUGACGGAUCUGGAGGAGUAGUAUUGCCCAACCUGCUGUUCUGAAUAGGUGCUUGGGUCUGGAUUUCAUGGGAUGUCUUCCCAUGCUCCAAGAGCGGUUUACCCCUUCCAUUCACAGCAGGGUUAGUGACUUCCUGGGCCACACAUCAUGUGAAUCAUGCAGGUAAAGCCAGCUGCUCCCUAUCCCAUGCUCCCCUCCAAGUGGAAAGACACAAUGAGGAGCUGUGGCUGAUUUGGGAACAUUUGUGCCACUGGAGCAGCACCUGAGUGAGCAAUGCCUCGAGUCACCUGCAGUGCCCAGGCAGUGAGAGCAGUCACUGCGCUUAGAGGCAGAAGACACUGCUCAGCACCAUGCUCACCCCUCUGUGUCCUGCUCCCUCACAGGCCCCAUCUCCUCCUCAGUCCUCUCUUAAACUCUGGCAUGUGAAGGCCAGGAACUGGUGCAGUGAGUACCCUGGGAAUCACCUCUGCAAAGUUAAGUGAGGUGAAUGUCACACUCUAAUUAUUCACUGUAGUAUCUUUGUAUGUGGAAUAAGGAUAAAGGCUGUUACAGAUGAGUGUUUUAAUUAGCUGCUUCCUGUCCUGAUUCAAUAGACUGUUCUUUCUUGCUCACCUGUUCUCAAGGUCCUCAGAUUUGUUGGAAAAAUAUCUCUUAAAUGCAAAAUUAAGGUGACCCUGCAGAGUAAGUUUGUGGGGGUUUAAGAUAAGUGAAACCCAAGAGACCCUCAUCUCUACAGGCAAAAAACUUCUAGGUGAAUGGCAAUUUUAGCUAACUAAUUUUUCCCCUGAUCUGCUAAACCCUGCUGUCUGCAUGUCCCAAUGGGGUGCACAGAUGUCCACAGUGAGGCAGGGAGAACUGAGGGUGAGACCAAAUUGAAGGUUCACCCCAAAAUGCGUAUUUUUUGCAGGAAAAAGGCUUUGGGGAAGCCAGUGUUCUUCCUUACUGGGAGCUGGAAGAGCUGUCCUUUCUUCAGGCAGGCAGGUUUCACCCCACAGCAGUGGUUUUAGUUUAGUUGUUCACCCCAUAACUAAAUUAUUUUCAGGAUCAAAGUGUAUUACUUGGCCCUUUUGGAGUCAAUAAGUUUGGGCUAAUUUUGUGGUGGCCUAGAGGUUUCCUGCUGCACCAGUCCUCAUUCUCUUUGCAGUUCUUGGAACUCCAUUUCUCGAUCUUUGCUGGCUGUAAAUCCCAACACAAUCUCUUGAGUCCAAGUAUCUCCAGCCUGUUUGCUGUUCUUGCUUUCUUCAUUGACCUUUAUUUUUCUUCCAUAUCUUUCAUCUUUUGCAGAAUUUCUGUCUUAAGUUUUCUUCCCUUCCCAUAUAGAUGUGUGAAGUGGUUUUAUUAUUUUAAAGGGGUUUAUACUCUGAAAUUUUGGUUGUGGGUGGUAUUUACAAAAAAAAAAGUGGGAAAGUGGGUUUGAGUUUGUUUUAUUUUUUUGUUUUUUCAUAUCAGUACUCAGGUAUAACAAUGUUGAGUGUGUUACAAAUGGAUUUUAAAAAAACAAAGAAUAGGACUUCUACAUUAAUCCAUAGAUCUGCUGAACUGGGAUGUCACACUAAGAUCUCUAUUUGGGUAUUGCAUCAGAAGCCAAGGUAAAGGUUUUAUUCUGUGCUCUGGAAUGGGACUUUAUGGGGGUGUGUAUUCCAGGAGGGGAAUCACAUUCCACAUUAAUGGACUGUACAUGUCUGCUGCACAGAGAGACUUCCUUUGGGAGAGCAGUUUUCACCAUGGUUUGAUUCAAUGCAGACUCUUGAUUCCCUUUAAGUGCACGUGCUAACAAGAAAAAAGGGAGAACCACGAGACUCUGGCCUGUUCAGAAGUUGUCAACAAAGAAGAAAUGGUAUUUUUAAAGCUCUUCAAAAAUAUUUAAGUCUGUCUAUCAACAGAAUUUACCUGGUAAAAGCCUACCAGGCUCUUAAGUGUAUUUUACCUUUCUUUCCUAAGGGUUUGCAAAAAAAAUCUUUUUCUUGAGUGACCUUUGAUUUUAACCAUUUAAUCAGCAGGUCAGACCUCAGCUGUGGAGUUGAGCUGUGAACAGCCUGGGCUCUGCACUGCUGGCAAGGGAGGCCACUGAACAAACCUGCACUGAGACCCAGCUGAGGUCCACAGACCCUCUCCUAAUGAGUGUGUUUGAAAAAAAUGAAGUGAUUUGGUUGCUUACUCUGUAGUUCUUUUUUCCAGCUGUCUCAUUCUGUGGAGUGCACUUUAUUAAUGAAGGCUGCACAUGCCCAUCUGUAGCACUUCCAGGUCCAAAUGUAGCACAACAGUUGGUGCAGGUUGUCCAUUGCCUCUUGGUGUUUGACCUGGAGAAUUGACUCUGAAGAGAAAACAGAGUUUUACCAGAGUGCUGCGUUUGAAACACAAAUAAUUUGACGGGCAAAUGUUUUUCUGGUCAUAAUAUUGGAGCCAAAAUGUUACUGCCAUGUAAAAGAAGGGAAGAGUUAAAGUGCUGAGAAUGUACUUAGCUGUGAUGAUAGGUGUUUACUGUCAUUGUGCUAAACUGUCAAGAUCUGUGAGAUUUUGUGUUGCAGUUGUGCUUGACCCUAGAGAGUUCUUGCAUGCUAACCUAACGUAGAAGAUUAGCCUCUUUGCAUGCAGCUGGCUGCUGCUACUGCCGGGACAAGCAUGUUCUGUGAGAAUGCCAUAAUGCCCUGGCUGCAGCCCCCCAGCCUGCCUGGGCCUCGUGUCCUGUGGUACGUGCCCUAACUCCCCCAUCAGUAGUCACUAACCUGAACGGGUCACUCUCGUGUCUCAGGUGCGCUCCCCGAUGUGUCACUGGAGCAAUCAGCACUCAACUCUCCCUUUUCUCUUCCAGACAGGCUGAAAAAGCUCCUUGAUGAACGGGAGUCCUUGCUAGACCAG